AUGCAUUUACGGUCGCUUCUGUCCCUCGUGUCUCUCCUCAGUGUCGGCAUUGCGGCCUCACUCGAUGUAAGCGCGGCAAAACGCCAAUCGACCGCAUGCAACAACUCCCCUUCCCUAUGCUCGAAACCCUACAAUAGUGUCGUCCACCUGGGUGCCCACGACUCACCUUUUGUCCGAGAUGCCUCUACCGGCUUUUCGACGUCGGGAAACCAAUACUACAAUUCGACGGUACAACUCUCGGCGGGUGUCCGUCUGCUUUCUGCCCAAGUCCACCAGUCGAACGGGGAAUACCACUUGUGCCAUUCUUCCUGCGAUCUGUUGGAUGCGGGGGUUUUAUCAGACUGGCUGGAAGAACUCAAGACGUGGCUGGACAAUAAUCCGAAUGAAGUCGUGACCAUUCUCCUGGUCAACUCGGACAAUGCCACGCCGGAGGAGUUGGGGGCACAUUUCACAACGGCAGAGAUCACGGAUUAUGCCUACGUCCCUCCUUCGACAAGCACGCCCCCUUCGUCGGGUGCCUGGCCAACUCUGCAAGAGCUGAUCACAGCCAACAAGAGACUUCUCGUCUUUGUGGCCUCCCUCUCGAACCCUGCGUCUAUUCCGACUCAAUAUGCCUACCUCAUGGACGAGUUUACCUUUAUUUUCGAAAACUCCUUCGACAACAGCUCGCCCAGUAACUUCAGCUGCCUGCCAGACCGACCGACAGUUGUUCAAGGAAAUUCGCAAGCGGCCAUCGCCUCCAAUCGGAUGGGUUUGAUGAACCACUUCCUCUACGUCGAAGGCCUGUUCGAUAUCCAGACUCCCAACGUGGACAACAUCACCACCACCAACGCGCCUGGCAGCAACGUUGGGAAUCUCGGAUACAGCCUGUCCCAAUGUAACUCGGCGUACGGCAAACCGCCCACGUUCACCCUCGUCGACUUCUUCGACGAAGGCCCCGCCAUCGCCGCCGUCGACGCCAUGAACGGUGUCACCGACCCUGUGGGCCGCACCCCCGUGCCCCCAAAAGAUUCCAAGGGGAGCUCCGAUCGCAGCGAAUCGAGUUUUCAGGGAGUGACGGACCUUGUCAAUGAAGUCAAGGACGGGAAGAAACCAAAACUGGCCGCCUGGAUCUGGGCUGCUGGGCAGUGGACGUUCGGCGGCAUUAAUCUGAGUGGUGGCAACGUCUUCCAGAAAUAA